AUGUCAUUCGGCGGUCAAACCCCCACGAUUAUUGUGCUGAAGGAAGGAACGGACUCGUCGCAAGGGAAGGGACAGAUCAUCUCGAAUAUCAAUGCGUGUUUAGCGGUGCAAGCUACGAUACGGAGUACUCUGGGGCCGUACGGAGGGGAUCUGUUGCUUGUGGAUGGAAAUGGAAGACAGACAAUUACUAACGACGGCGCAACCGUCAUGAAGCUUCUCGAGAUCGUACACCCCGCCGCGCGAAUUCUGACCGAUAUCGCGAGAUCCCAGGAUGCAGAGGUCGGGGAUGGAACCACCUCCGUGGUCGUGCUGGCAGGCGAGAUUCUGAAGGAGAUCAAGGAGCAUGUGGAACAGGGCGUCAGCUCGCAGACUAUCAUCAAGGGUUUGAGGAGAGCUUCGACCAUGGCUGUGAACAAGGUGCGGGAGAUUGCUGUGAAUACCAGUGAGGGCAACCAGAGAGAGACCUUGAUCAAGUUGGCUGGAACUGCCAUGAGCAGUAAACUGAUCAAGAGAAAUACUGGCUUCUUCACGAAGAUGGUGGUUGACGCAGUCAUGUCCCUUGACCAAGACGACCUCAACGACAAGCUCAUCGGCAUGAAGAAGGUCCCCGGUGGCUCUCUUACCGACUCCCUCUUCGUCAAUGGUGUGGCAUUCAAGAAGACCUUCUCCUACGCUGGAUUCGAGCAACAGCCUAAGACCUUUAAGAAUCCCAAAAUCGUCUGCCUGAACGUUGAGCUCGAGCUCAAGUCCGAAAAGGACAACGCCGAAGUCCGAGUCGAGCAAGUUUCCGAGUACCAAGCUAUCGUCGACGCAGAAUGGCAGAUUAUCUACAAUAAGAUGGAGGCUCUCUACAAGACUGGUGCCAAGGUUGUCCUCUCAAAACUCCCGAUCGGUGAUCUGGCGACUCAGUACUUCGCAGACCGAGACAUCUUCUGCGCAGGCCGUGUCUCUUCGGACGAUCUCGAGCGGGUCAUUCAAGCCACCGGAGGCUCUAUCCAAUCGACCUGCUCUGACAUUCACGCCGAGCACCUCGGAACCUGUGGCUCCUUUGAAGAGCGCCAGAUUGGAGGCGAGCGCUUCAACUUUUUCGAGGACUGCCCUGAGGCCAAGACAUGCACACUGGUUCUUCGCGGUGGCGCCGAGCAGUUCAUCGCCGAAGUCGAGCGCUCCCUACACGACGCCAUCAUGAUCGUCAAGCGAGCCAUCAAGAAUAACACAAUCGUGGCCGGUGGUGGAGCCUGCGAGAUGGAAGUCUCGGCAUACCUGCACCGCUACGCCGACAAAAACGUGCCGCACAAGCAGCAAGCCAUUAUCAAGUCAUUCGCCAAAGCCCUCGAGGUCAUUCCGCGCCAGCUUUGUGACAAUGCCGGCUUCGACGCUACGGAUAUCCUGAACAAGCUGCGUGUGGAGCACCGCAAAGGCAAUACCUGGGCCGGGGUUGAUUUUGAUAACGAGGGAGUGCGGGAUAACUUGGGGGCAUUCGUAUGGGAGCCCGCGUUGGUCAAGAUCAAUGCUAUGCAGGCGGCGACGGAGGCUAGUUGUUUGAUCUUGAGCGUGGAUGAGACUAUUAAGAAUGAGGAGAGUGCACAGCCGCAGGCCCCUCAGAGAGGUCUACCUCCUGGAGCUGCGCAGAGAGUCAUGCGGGGUAGAGGACGGGGGAUGCCAAGAAGGUAG